AUGACCGACAUUUCUGAAAACACCGAGGUCAAAGUAGCUGUUGAAGCUGCUGAAAUAUUUGUGAAUAGUUACUACAAAACAUGGAACAAGGAGAGUGGAGGCAAGGAAUUGUCACAUUUCUACGUAAAAGUCAAUCCCGAAUCUCCACUCAAACCAGAUAUCACCAUCAACGGUAACAUUGUUGAAGACCCUACAGACCUGGAAGGUUUACAUCGCAGUCAGCCGUCCAAAACCCACUACGAGGUCGAGGCAUUUGAUUGUCAGGUCGUCAAUACCAAUUUUACAGUCGGCGCUCCGGAAACUCUAUUAGAAGGGAAUCCAGCUGGAAAGAAGAUGAGCAUUCUGGUGAUGGUCAGUGGGAGUGUGAAGUACGCAGACGCCGAGGAAACUCGCGGAUUCGUUGAUAAUGUGUUGCUGGUUCCUAACUGGGAUAUAACAAAGAAAAAUGAAAAGGAGAAGAAAAAAUGGCUAGUCCAGAGCCAGACCUUCAGAUUGAAAAAUCAGCGGUCUUUCGACAACACUGAUCAUAUGCUGGAGGACCGAAAUUACGCCAGGUCGAGGGAAGGAUCGCGAAAGAAGCUUUCGGUCAAGAAAUAUGGUCCAGGAAUACCACCAAACUCUCUACAAGAAUCGAUUCUUUUGAGCAAACAUCACCAACCCAUUUGCGAAGUCGCCCGAGCUCCGACGUGA